ACUUGAAGAGGGAAGAAAUAAAUGACUUUGGUGGGAGAUCAAGAUUGGUAUGCUAGUCGGGGUUUUCCCGGCAAUUCUUGGCAUUCUAUAGAAACGAGGCUCUUUCAAAAGAAGUCUGUUUGGAACGGAACAGCAAUGGCGCGAGGAAAGGAAGCAAUAGCACUCAUUUUGGAUGUCAGUCCAUCCAUGAGUGAUGCAGCCGACAAUGAUUCAUCAUCUUUCAAAAGAUGUUUGGACAUAGCAAUGAUGAUACUAAAACGAAAGAUUUUCUCAGAAUCAAAAGAUGAAGUGGCAGUCAUUCUCUUUGGGACAGAUGAUACAAAGAACCCACUUGCAGAAACUUUACCAGGAUACAGAAACAUAACAAUUCUACAAGAAUUGGGUUUGCCAAAUUUUGAACUACUGCGAAUGCUCAAUGAGGAUGUCAAUUUAGGAACUGCAUCUGGAGACUUUAUUGAUGCUAUUGUUGUGGCUAUGGAUCAUCUACUAACCAAAAUCAGUGGUAGGAAAACUGAGCCAAGAAUUGUACUUUUCUCAAACCUUGCUUCUGCAUUUGGAACAGACCAACUAGAAAGUGUUGUUAAAAGCAUGAAGGGCUUGAAAGUGCAGCUAACCUUCAUUGGUCCUGAUAUUCCUGAAGAUAUAAAUGAAAUUGACCUUGAACAGAACAGGCGGAAAUCUAAAAAGGACGGAAAAACAAGUGCCCCAGAAAGUAACAAUGACAUGCCAAAGCCCUUGUCAUAUCAGCAGAUGAAAGGUGUCAAAUGUGUCAGUGGAAUGCUAGAGCAGGUUGAUGGCGAGGGCUUAUCUUUUACUGAAGUAUUGCCUAUGCUAAGUUUCUUUCAGACAAGGGAGGUCAAGCAGACGACAUCGUUCAGAGGACCUCUUGAAAUUGGAGACUGGGUGAAAAUAAACCUUUUUGGUUUUAUAAAGGUGAAAGAAACAAGAGUCAGCUCUUUUGAACCAAUAUCUGCAAUAUCAGAGGCUUCUAAGAACCCAGGAAACAUGAGCAUAUGUGUCGAGAGAUCAUACCAUCUUCCAGACGAGGACCUUACUGAAGUUGACAAAAAGUUCACAGCAAAUGCGUAUAAGUAUGGAAAGUCCCUUGUUCCUUUUGGUAAAGUAGAUCAAAAACUUGCAAAACUUCAAACAGAGAGAUGCUUAAAACUGUUAGGAUUCACUGAUCGAUCGAAUAUUAAUGAGUAUGAUCAUCAAGGGGAGGCUGUCUAUCUUUUUGUCCCGCAGCCAGGUGAUAAGGAUGCCGCUAUCGCAUUAUCAGCAUUGGUACACGCAUUAGAAGAAACAAACACAGUGGCAUUGGUUCGUUAUUGUAGAUGCAAAAACGCAGUACCAAGUCUUGCUUUCCUUGCCCCUCUCAUCAAAGUCCAUUACGAGGGCCUCUACAUGAUCUUCCUUCCAUUUGUAGAAGAUCUGCGCAGAUACGGUUUUUUGCCACUUGAUACUGUUAAGAUUUCGGAUGAGCAAUCGCAAGCCAUAGACGCCCUAAUAGAUGGAAUGGAUGUUUCAAAUGCUUAUGUGACCGCAAGUGGUGAAAAAGAAGAAGCAUUCAAACCCAAGAAUACGUUGAAUCCCUUCAUACAAAGGCUUUGCGAUUGCGUGCAAAAAAGAGCAUUAAAUCCCACGGACGAAACACUUCCUCCACUCGCAGAACCUAUCAAAAAGUCAAUUGAGCCCUUGCCGCGACAGGGAGCCAGUUGUAGACCGACGAUAGACAAAAUCAAGGAACUUUUUCCACUGGCAGAAAUCAGCAAGAAGAAGAAUAAGAAUGUUUUUCAGAUAAGUGAGGAAAGCACAGAACCAAAGCUAAAAAGAAUGAAAAUAGCGAAUGAAAACGAAAAUGGGGAACCAAGUUUUGCGCGACUGGCUUCAUCCUGUAUCACCGAGGUUGGAACAGCUGAUCCAGUUAAAGAUUAUCAACUUCUUCUUCAUAAUUCUAAUUCUUCGACUUUUCGAGAAGUGAGCCAGCAACUUGCCAAACGAAUCCUGCAGCUAGUCAACGAUUCGUUCCUCGAUCAGUAUUAUCAGAAAGCGCUUGAUUGCCUUAAGGCGUUGCGCCAAGAGUCUUUACAGGGAGGAGAAAUUGACAUUUUCAACGAGCUUUUACAGAAGAUAAAAGAAUCAAUGAAAGGAAAGCGGAGAAAUGACUUCUGGGAACUUAUCAUUACGGAGAGAAUCGGGCUAAUAACGCAGGAGGAAUGUUCGAAAAGCCACGUGAUAGAAAAGGAAGCGGCACAAUUUUUUGGAUCACAACAGAACAAUACCGAAAAGACUGCUGCUGUUCAAGAAGAUGUGAAAGAUGUCGAUGACCUGCUGGAUAUGAUGUAAGCUCCACUUUGGAUCCGUAUCAAAUGGCACUUCGUUUCUCACCGGAGGAGAUACUGUUACAUCUCGCACAUGGAAAUAGGCACUUGCUAUUGCAAAGUAACGAUACUUUGUUUUUGCUACUGCAGA